AGACAGUUACCGUGGUAACAUCAACAUCCUCUGGUGUGGCUAACGCCGAGAUUUGUUGAGCUAGCUAUCUCCAGGCGACUUCUAAGCAAACGACAGCCACUUCAGUGUUAGUUCAUAGAACAAUACGACACGAAAGGUUUCCACAUUAUGGCAAGUCAAAGGCCUCCAUCCAGCAUGGGUCGACCUAUGAGCCGUGCUGGAUCAGUAGUCCCUGGAACUGGAAGACCUUUAACAGCUGUCCGACCUCCUCCAACAGCCAUACGCAUACCAACUGGGAUGGUUCCAGGCACAGGUGUUCAUCCUGGUAUGAGGGCGAGCGUUGCCACUCCUGGUGUCCUGUCAGCACAGAUCAAAGUGACUGACAGGCCUGUCACUCAGCAGGGCCUCAGUGGUAUGAAGACUGGGUUGAAAGGACCUCAGAGACAGAUCCUGGACAAGUCUUACUACUUGGGUCUUCUCAGGAGUAAGAUUAAUGAGCUAACAACAGAGAUCAGCAAACUCCACAAAGAGAUCGACACCUUCAAUCAAGAGAACUCUGUCUAUCUGUCCUACGAAAAGAGAGCUGAAAGUCUGGCUGCAGAGAUCAGGGAUCUGCAGGGCCAGCUUGCUGAUUACAACAUGUUGAUGGACAAGCUCAACACUAACUCUGACAUGGAGGAGAUGAUCAACGACUACAACUCCUUAAAGGCCCAGAAUGACAGAGAGGCUGAAAGCAUUGACAGCAUCUUCAUUGAGAGAAGAGAAAGGGAAGAGGCCGUCAGGGCCAUUGAAGAGGAAAUCAAGAAGGAAAGGCGCGCCGCUGAUGAGAUCGUCCAGGCCAUGCCAGCUGCAAAACAGGAGAAGUACUUCACCAUGACAACAGCCAAUGAGGAGCUACUACAGGAACUAUCUCUUCUCCAAGAAGAACUGGAUGCCCUGCUCACCAGGAAGGAAGAAUACGAAGCGGAGCUUUCCCACUCCCAGAUCAAGCAGGAAGUGGUUCGGCUUCACGAGACUUUGUCCACACUGGAAGCAAAGCGGGAUACCAUGGAGGCUGAGCACAAGAGCUUCAGUACGCCUCAGGAGGAACGAGAGAAACUGUUGAAACAGGUGAAAGAGGACAAUCAGGAAAUUGCCAGCAUGGACAGACAGCUGUUGGAGAUCCGGGACAGGACCGGUCAAAUCACUGAGGACAUCCAACAGUUGGAGCAAGACUCUGAGCAAGCUCAAGGGGAGUGUCAGCAGAAGUACAAGGAGCUGAAGAGGAAGGAAGAGGAAAUUGAUGGCUUCUUGCAGUCCUUUGAGGAGCUAAGGGCUCAGGAGCAGAACAAGACCGCUCAGAGUCAGGAGAACAUUGUUUCUCUUUUAGAGCACUGCAGCAGGAACAUGCUGCGGCUUCGUCAGGUGGACACUAUCACAGCCAGCGAGCUGAGGAACAUGCAGGAUGUCCUGGUCAGCAAGGAGACCGAGGUGUCUCAAUCGGCGAGCACCGCCAGGGGACUGUCCAGCGAGUCACAGCGUCUGCAGCAGGACCUGGAGAAGGUCCAACAGCUGGAGGGGAAGAUCACAGGGGAGCUGAACACCUUGAAGGAACAUGUCAGCCAGAUGCAAUCGGAGCUGGUCACCUACAGCGACCUGGACACCCUGAGACAGACAGCAGAGGAGAGAAAGACGAGGCUGCAGGCGGAGCGAAUCUCCCUCACACAACAUGGAGAUUCAUUCCGACAGCUGCUGGAGGAGAUGAACCAGAAAUAUGAAGCACUGAAGACCAAACUGGAGGAAAACGAGACCCACGCGCAGCUGGCUAACCUGGAGAGGAAGUGGCAACAUUUGGAGCAGAACAACUUUGUCAUGAAAGAAUUCAUCGCCUCAAAGUCCCAGGAAAGCGACUUUGCCUCCGUUUCCAAGAAUGUCUACAAACAAGUGGCCGAUUACAACAAGUGUCUCAUAGAUUCACUGCAGAACAUAAGAAGCUGAGUACACACCCACAUAAGACUUGAUAUGUUUAAUAAUACAUUGUCAUAUUUCUUCUAGAACAGAUGUCUUAUAUAGGAAUUUUGGCCCACUCAUUUUUGCAGAACUGUUGUCAUUCAACCAAAUUGGAGGGUUUUCUAGUACAAAGUGCCUUUUUAAGGUCAUACCACAGCAUCUCAAUAGGAUUCAAGUCAGGACUUUGACUAGACCACUCCAAAGUCUUCAUUUUGUUUUUCUUCAGCCAUUCAGAAGUGGACUUGCUGCUGUGUUUUGGAUCAUUUAGGAUUCAUUGGAUCAUUUUUUAUCACAAGUCUUCCAGGUCCUGAAUCAGCAAACAGCCUCAGAUCAUCGCACUACCACCACCAUAUUUUACUGUUGGUAUGAUAUUCCCUUUCUAGGACUUUGACUAGGCUACUCCAAAGUCUUCAUUUUGUUUUUCUUCAGCCAUUCAGAAGUGGACUUGCGGCUGUGUUUUGGAUCGUUUAGGAUUCAUUGGAUCAUUUUUUUUUAUCACAAGUCUUCCAGGUCCUGAAGCAGCAAAAACGCCCCAAAUCGUCACACUACCACCACCAUAUUUUACUGUUGGUAUGAUGGUAUGAUAUUCCCUUUCUGAAAAGUGCUGUUACUUUUAUGCAAGAUGUAAUGGGAGACACACCUUCCAAAGAGUUCAACUGUUGAUAGCUAGCUUGUAUUAACUAGUUUUCUGGCGCUAUAAUGCACAGAAACAGGACAGAAAUAUGUGUUUCACAUGAGGAUUGUGAAUGAUGGGCAAAAUUCCAUAAAAAGUGCAGUUUCUCUUUAAGAGAAAAAAGUAGUAAUAUUACACAAAUUUACAGAAAAAUGUUCUGCUGGUAAAAUUGUAAAUCUAUAGAAAUGUUUUGUGUUAGCAUUCAUUAGCAAGGCCUUCUCUGCUGGCCUAGCACUGACGUAUACUAAUGUAGUAUACUGAUGUAUUGACUGUCAAUGCAGUCUGCUUUAAGUCACAUGCCAUAUAAACAUUAUUAGCAAUGGGGCUGUUUCUUUUAACCAAUCAGAUUUCAGAUUGGCUUCACAUGGCCAGCUAGCAGGCUUAUGUCCGCAUUUUUCCCAUCCUCUGGUUGUUUGCUGUCUGAAAGUGUACGCCUAAAAAAAUGUGAAGCCUUGAAGAUGACAAGUAACAUCAUGUAUCAUAUAAAAGGUAAGACCACAAAUGUUUUUCAGUUCAUGCAAAAAUAAAUGGAGCUAGGAUGUAUUUGAAAAUAAAUGUUUUAAUGAAAGUACAUUCUCUUUUAGUAAAUGCUCGUACAAAAAUUAUGUGCAAAAAUGGAAGACUCAGUUUUAUCAGCUUGAACCAAGGAAACCAGAAGCACACCAGUGCAAAAGUCACUCUAUGGUGGUAGCAGCAUUUUUUCUGAGGUUCUUUAUCAUGUUAAGGUUUUAUAAUCCUUUGCAAAAACCAAUCAACGUCACCUUGAAGCCAAUUUAUAAUUUAACUAGGUAAAAAUUCCAUGUUUUCAACUUUUAAUAGAUUAUGAUUAGACUUGUUUUUAAAACCUAAAACAAUACUUGAUGGGGCCCAGCAUCAGUUGAGUUUGGGGCCCCUGCUCUAAACCCUAUAAUAUAUUAGUAACAUUACAAGUUGUGUACUGUACUAAACUUGCAGUUACACAGCAUCUUCCUGCUGGAAAAUGUUGAGUGAAUUGAUGCCUUCUGUUGAUUCAUAACUGCAGCACUCUGCAGAUAGCACAAACCACUUAUUUAGAUACGCAAAUAGUGUAAGUGUAAAAUUUAUAUACGCAAAUAGUGGUGUAAAAAAGUGUGCUCUUUUUUGCAUGAUUGUCACACUUGCAGUAACUUGCAAUGAGUCUUACAUUAAGGAGGAAUAUGGCCACUUCUUAGUUGGUUUCAGCUUGAGGUCACCAACAGAUGAAAGCCGCUUGUACAAUUCAAUUACAAGUCUUCCAGGUCCUGAAUCAGCAAAACAGCCCCAGACCAUCACACUACCACCAGCAUAUUUUACUGUUUUCUGAAAUGCAUUACUGGCAAAAUUGAGACCGUUUUUGCCCAGUUUCUCUUAUGGUGGAGUCAUGAGCACUGACCUUAACUGAGGCAAGUGAAGCCUGCAGUUCUUUGGAUGUUGUGGGGUCUUUUGUGACCUCUUGGAUGGUAAUUUUGGUUGGCUGGCCACCUCCAUGUUUUUGCCAUUUGUGGACAAUGGCUCUCACUGUGGUUUGCUGGUGUCCUAAAGCUUUAGAAAUGGCUUUAUAACAUUUUCCAGAUUGCUAGAUCUCAGUUUACAGGCCCACUUAGGUUGGGAUUUUCUUUCUCCCUUGAUAGGUUUCAGUUAAAAACUGCAUUUUGUGUCAAGUUGUGCUAAUUUUGAAUCAUUUAAGUGUGACAAAACAUGCACAAAAAUGAAAACACCUUUUUACACCACUGUAUAUGCCGCACCAUGAAUGGUGAAUGAAUGUAUUUUUUUGUCG